CCCCUGGCUCUGACCCCAUGUCAGACCAUCCAAACCGUGAAUAUCUGUUCGGAGCAGCACUUUCAGAGGCCCCUUCUGGCCUGGAACACCACUUUCUUGCUCCCAUCCAUCUCUCACUCUUUCCUUUACCCGGAGGAAGGACAGAAGAGGCAGCAAAAUAAGAAGGAGGUGGGUGGGUAGUGGGGGGUGGGUGGAGGAGUGGAAAUAACAGGCUGCGUCUCAGAAGGGGCUCUGAGAAAAGAAAAAAAAAUGCCCAAAAGGGUGUGAAAAGGUGUUUUCUGAGUGUAAUUUUGCUGCUUUAAAUAUAAGCAGAGAGGACAGGUCAAACUGGAGUGGCUCUGGAAGAUGGACAGAUACAUGUGAAAACAAAAGGCUUUUUUCUGCAGUGAUAGACAGAGAUGAGGGGAAGAGAUUCUGAGAUAAAAGAUAGAAAGAUGUAGAUGAAGCCGAUUGGCACAGGUAGCGGGAUGCGACGGAGGAAGUGCUGGAGAUAGGGACCAGAAUGGGACAGGAGAAAGUGAUAGAGGAGAGAGAGGAAAAAAGAAAACACAAGAGAACUUUUUUCUUUUUUUAAAGAGAGACAGGCAGCAGGGGAGGAGGAAAGAGACUGAGAGAGAGGAGGGGAAGAGCGCGUGUGCAAGUGUGUGUGUGUAAUUUUAUGAAUGAAGUGAGUCACUGCCGAUGUGUCAUAGGCCCGACGUCUUUAUAAAGGAAGUUUUAAACAAGCCUAAACACUUCACUGCGCGCAAAAAUUGGACCUACACUCGCAUCCCUCUGCGCAACUGCCGCUGCCUCUCCAAACUGUCCAAGCGCCUCUCUGCGCUCUCUAUAAAGACUGCGAGGGCUCUUCUCCAAACUUUUCCAAAGACUGAAAACUUUGUUUACUUUUUUUUCUUCGUUUUCUGGUCUUUGCCUGUGUGCGCCUCUCAUCCUCUUGCGCACCCAAUCAAGAAACCGGGGGAGAGCCCGUGACUGUUUCCGGAGUUCCAAUUUAUUUAUUUAUUAUUUUUUUUUACUAUCAUUAUUAUUUAUUUAUUUACCGCUCAACUGUCUCUUGGACCAAGAACCAAUAUGAAAUUGCUGCUCGACUCCUCCUCGUCUCUCCUCUUCUCGCUGCUAUUGGCCCAGCUGCCCGUGUUCGCCUCUGCCUCCCCGGUGCCGCCGCGGCGCGCCAGCGACCUGGACAAGCUGACCAAUCACACCACCAAUCUGAAGAAACUCGCGCAAAAACUGCUGAAAAAGCAUGAAUUUGACUCAGAUGUGGAGUCGCACAGGUUUAGAUCGCUGCCCGAGAUGAGCAACAGAUUAGCCACCGAUCUUCACAAUCUUGAGCUGAAGCCCACACUUUCCCAGCUCCAUGCUGACCUGAAACUGUAUAAGGAUCACUUUGAUUGGCUGAGCAACGUUUCUAAAAAGCACCACCACCCUGCAGUCCCCAAGCUGGAGAAGAUGAUCACAGAGAUUAAAUCUGUCAUCACAAUGCUGCACCAUCAGAUGCAGCGGGUUGAAGCCCCAGUGCUAACUCCAGCAACCCCUUCCCUCCCCUCUCACCUGCCGUAUCACUUUGAAGUCCUGCAGUCCACCCAAGAACUCCUCCAACACUUCAACCUCUUUUGCGACUGGGCAAUCAGAGCGUUCAUGGGCCUCAAGCCCAAAGCCUCCGCAGUGCAAUGAUAAUCUGUCGUCACGGAAUGCCUUAAAUGCGUGGCCUUGUGCCACAGUCAAAUGGAAAUCAGGACCAUGUUAAGAGUGCACUGGAGUCAGCAGCAUCCCUUCACAGGACCACAUUUCAGUGUCAAGAUGUGUGUUGAAGAAUGUAUCUGUCCACGAGAGCCAGCGAGGAAACGGCGCACUGCAGCACCAUCCAGGCAACCGUUAAAGCAAACUGUCAGUGUCCACGAUCUUCUCACAACAUCCUGAUCGCUCCCCUAAAGGCCUUGUUUCCUUAUUAUUUAUGUAUUUAUUUAUUUAUUGACUGUUAGUAAUUUAUUUAAUAUUAUUUAUUUGAAGUUCUAAUGUGUCACUCUUAUCUUUAUUUCCAUAUCAACGUGAAUUUACAUGCCAGCAUCUUCCUUUUGUGUCUCGCUGAUUCACAAAACAACAAAAAGUAAACAAUCAAAACACCUAGCACUUAUUUACCAUUCAGCUCCAAUCCUUUGCUUUAUUUUUAUUUAUGUUGCAUUCGUCCAUGGCUUAUACUAGUGUUUUUACCAGUAGAUCAUUUCAACCAAAGUAAUAUUUAAGAGUCCCUCGAUGCAAUUAUUUUAGAGGACCUCAAUGUUUUCUCUAACCAUGCCCAGAAAAUAAGUUCUUACCUGAGGCCUUAUGAAAUGCUUUGCAUUUAUUAAGAAAUGUGGUAGUAUGGUAAACCAAUAGAAGGGAAUACCGUCUUUUGUUCCACAGUCUGAAUUUCUAUUUUCAGUUCUUCUUCCUCGAGUUCUGCAUGAGGAGGCAUGUUUAACAUUGUGGUAAAGUUGUAUGAAUGUGCCCUGUUGUUGAGCACUGAUGGUUCCGAUUAGAUUUUUUUUUUUUUUUUGCACAAACUUGUUAGGAUUAGCCUCUCAGGAAAGUGAGCUGGCUGAUUUUGAAUCUGUGCUUUGGGCUUGAAAAGUUUUGUAGUUUUAAUUAAAAACCCAGAGCCUUAAAAUACUAUGUAUUGCGACACUUCUGUACAGGUGUACAUAAAUGUACAAGAAUGUAAAUUGUUGUAUACAGUGCUAAUGUUUCUUAUACGUUGUUCUUAAAAAAAAUAUUCUACCGUUUUUAUCACAAUAAUUAUUAUUCCCUCCUAUU